AUGAAGGAUAAAUCAACCAGACCCCCUCAACAACACCCCCUCAACCAGACCCCUCAACAACACCUCCUCAACCAGACCCCUCAACAACACCUCCUCAACCAGACCUCUCAACAACACCUCCUCAACAACACCUCCUCAACCAGACCCCUCAACAACACCUCCUCAACCAGACCUCUCAACAACACCUCCUCAACAACACCCCCUCAACCAGACCCCUCAACAACACCUCCUCAACAACACCUCCUCAACCAGACCCCUCAACAACACCUCCUCAACCAGACCCCUCAACAACACCUCCUCAACCAGACCCCUCAACAACACCUCCUCAACCAGACCCCUCAACAACACCUCCUCAACCAGACCCUCAACAACACCCCUCAACCAGACCCUCAACAACACCCCUCAACAGACCCCUCAAACAGACCCCUCAACAACACCCCCUCAACAAGACCCCUCAACCACACCCCUCAACAACACCUCCUCAACCAGACCCCUCAACAACACCUCCUCAACCAGACCCUCAACAACACCUCCUCAACCAGACCCCUCAACAACACCUCCUCAACCAGACCCUCAACAACACCUCCUCAACCAGACCCCUCAACAACACCUCCUCAACCAGACCCCUCAACAACACCCCCUCAACCAGACCCCUCAACAACACCCCUCAACAGACCUCCUCAACAACACCUCCUCAACAACACCUCCUCAACCAGACCCCUCAACAACACCUCCUCAACCAGACCCCUCAACAACACCUCUCAACAACACCCCCUCAACAACACCUCCUCAACAACACCUCCUCAACAACACCCCUCAACCAGACCUCCUCAACAACACCCCUCAACAACACCCCUCAACCAGACCUCUCAACAACACCUCCUCAACAACACCCCUCAACAACACCCCUCAACCAGACCCCUCAACAACACCUCCUCAACCAGACCCCUCAACAACACCCCUCAACAACACCUCCUCAACCAGACCCCUCAACAACACCUCCUCAACCAGACCCCUCAACAACACCUCCUCAACAACACCUCCUCAACAACACCUCCUCAACAACACCCCCUCAACAACACCUCCUCAACAACACCUCCUCAACAACACCCCUCAACAACACCUCCUCAACAACACCCCCUCAACAACACCUCCUCAACAACACCUCCUCAACAACACCCCCUCAACAACACCCCCUCAACCAGACCCAGAGAGCUGGAGGUGAAGAGAGAGACAUAUCUGCACUCUGGACAGUGGUGA